UUACGAUGCGUCUAUUUCCUUCAAGAUCGUCGUCGAAUUCUUCCAAUACAAGGCCAACAAUGGUUGUUUCUAUCCCGCUAGAAGAGAAUGAACUGCUUGGAGUUAGGCCCAAUAAAGCCUUGAUCAUAACACAAAUUCAACGAGGAUCACCAGCUGAAGGCCAUCUACGUAUCGGCGACAAAAUCUUGGCGAUCAAUGAUCGAAAGAUUAAAGACUUGGACGCAUUCUACAGAAUUCUGCGUAUCAGUUAUCCAGUUGCGAAUAUUCAGAUUCGAAGGAUGGGAAGCAGUAGUAGCGGCAAUGAGACAGCUAGAGAAAGAUCGCCAGAAAGGACAUCGACAGCACGCCCGACAGCAACAAUGCGCGAAGAUCGACGACCUCAACAACAGCUACCACAACCAUCACCACGACAACAAGCGCAAAUGGUUGAGGAUUUGCCACAAGGGAUGCGGGCUGCAAUAGAGAGACGUCAAGGAUAUCGAUAUACGAUGGUAACAGUCGACCGAGUUCGUGGCACUCGUCUUGGCCUUUCGAUCAAAACAAGAGACAAUCGCGUCCUUGUCAGCAAUGUGGAGGCAAAUUCACUGAGUUCCCCGCAUCUCCAGCAGUAUGACCAUAUUGUCUAUGUGGAUAGUGUGAGGGUGACACAAGCGGAAGUUGCGAAGAAUUUGAUGGUCAGAUCGCUGAGUGAGACUAAUCGUGUGGAACUAAUUAUUGGUCGUCCAACAACAAGAGAAGCAAUUUCUGCGGCGAGAGCAGCGCUAGCACGUGAGGAUAUACAUGAGCCUCCAUCUUUGCGUCUUGGAGUUGAUGUUCAACAAAUAAUGCGCCAGCAGAUUGUAAACAUGGCCGCCUAUGCACAGCUGUCUCCACAUGGAAUUCUCAACCGUUCGGGUACGCCUCCGCCACGAAAUAGGCGCGUAAGCUUCUCCGGCGAUAAUGUGAUUGUGCCAAUCCAGAGCGACCAUGCUGGGCGACAACUGAGAAAUGUGACGAAUAAUGUCCCAAAUUCACCAAUUCGUCAACCGAGGCGACAAUAA